AUGACUAUGGCGGAAUCUAUGUUCGAACAAGCGAAGAUGGAUGACUCUCGUCAAAGCGAACAAGCGAAGAUAGAUGACUCUCGUCAAAGAGAGCUUGCUAAACAAGAUAGGGAGGACCGCCGUCAGCAAUUUGAGCUUGAAAGACAGCAGCGUGAUCUUCAUCAUGCCGCUGAAAUGGCUCGCUCUGAUGUCCUUAUUAAUGAAAGCAAGGAGAGAGUAUUACGCCUUCAAUUUGAAAUGCGAAAGCAUGAAGAACAACAGCGAGGAUAUGACGUCUUUGGAUCCUCGAAUAGCGGUUAA